ACAGACGAGCUGAAACACCGAUCAUAUCUUCUCUCUAUCCAAAACCCUGACACACAACGAAAUCAAAACGACAAUGUCACUCACCUUUCAACACCUCUUCGCAAUCGCAAACUCACCUUCUCGCCUCCCUUUCUACGUUAUUACCCCCAUUAAACCCUCUCUUAAAAAACCUAAUUUCUCCCCUCCAAUCCUCUCCCGCCACUUAUCCAAUUCCUUACAUCUACAAAAUUUCCCCUACAAACCCCAAGUCAUUUUCAGUUUCUCCGCAAAAUCCUAUAGUUUUCCUCUCAAAGCUUAUCAAUCCGAUGACACUGUAAGCGCACAAGUCUCCGAUGGUUUCAAUCUCGAUGCUUUUCUCUCAAUUGCUGAGUUUUUAUGUAUUGUCUCGUCGGCUAUUAUUACAAUCAGUUAUGCAGUGAAUUCUACGGUUUUAAGCUCUAAAAAGACGGUGUUGGGGGUCAUAGGGAGUAACAAGGCGUUUGCUUGGGGAUUGGUGGUGAUGGUGAGUGGUAUGGUGAUUGGUGCGUGGAUUAGGAGGCGGCAAUGGCUGCGCUUCUGUAGAGUAACGGUAAGGGAGGGUCGAGAGAGUGUGAAUUUGGUGGAGAGGAUUGAGAAAUUGGAGGAGGAUUUGAGGAGUUCUGCCACGAUAAUUCGGGUCUUGUCGAGGCAGCUUGAGAAGCUAGGGAUUAGGUUUCGGGUUACAAGGAAAGCUUUGAAAGAGCCCGUUGCUGAGACUGCAGCUUUGGCAAAAAAGAAUUCUGAGGCUACUCGAGCACUAGCAGUGCAGGAAGAUAUCCUGGAAAAGGAGCUUGGAGAAAUUCAGAAGGUUUUGUUGGCAAUGCAGGAGCAGCAACAAAAACAACUGGAGCUGAUUCUUGCAAUUGGAAAGAGUGGGAAGUUAUGGGAGAGUAAGCAGGAACCUUGCCAAGAGCAAGCCAAGGUUGAAACAUCUGAUUUCACUAAGAAAGCAAAACAGUUGGAAACGCAGGAAACUCGGGCUUCAGGUGCAAGCAAAGGAACUAACAAUGACAAACCGUAAAAAUGUUGAAGCAGUAAAUUUUCGUCGGAUUCUGCUGCCUCGUUCACCUCACAAGGACAAUUUGCUUGACCUUUCUCUCCACAUGACAGGUGGGCUCUUCUGGGAUCACUACAGCUCUAUCUCUGGUUGUUGAAAAAUUAUACGGGAAAAGUUAUCCAGUUCUUGAUCUAAUUUUUACACCGGUGUGAAAACAACGCAGGACAAAUAAGUUGUUAGUUUGCAUUGUACCAUUUGACACAAAAUUCUCCUUGUGCUCAUAAUUGUAUUUGUAACUUUUGAGGUUGUGUUUCA